UGUAAAAUAAAUUACUGGUCAGACACAGAAACCACACCACACCCUUGCUUUCAACAACCCUACUAUCAUCUUGCAGUGAAACACAAACACCAUCUCUCACUCACUCACUCGAAGUUCUUACAAAGAUGGUGAGAACCCCGUCUUAUGAGAAAAGUGGAUUAAGGAAGGGUACUUGGACUCCAGAAGAAGAUACGAAGUUGCUUUCUUAUGUUACUAGGUAUGGAUGCUGUAAUUGGCGACAACUUCCCAAGUUUGCAGGUCUGGCAAGAAGUGGGAAAAGUUGUAGAUCGAGAUGGAUGAAUUAUCUAAGGCCUAAUCUCAAAAGAGGGAACUUCACUCCAAAAGAAGAAGAAUGCAUCAUCAGAAUGCACAAGAAACUUGGUAACAGGUGGUCGGCUAUUGCGGCUGAGUUACUAGGAAGAGCAGAUUCGGAAGUAAAAAACCAUUGGCACGCCAGUCUCAAGAAAAGGUCUCGAGAAGAAACACUGGCGAAAGAAGAAAGUAGUGUCCCCAAAUCAUCAAAGAAUAAAGAAUCCAUGGACUUGGUUCUCAACUGUAAUGGUUUUCCUGCUACUUCCCGGAUUACAAAUACUUCAUCAUCCUUAUUCUCAUUCUCGUCACUGUCAUCCUCCAGCAAGGAGUUUUCCUCAGGGCCAUGUUUCUCUUAAGCUCCCAACUCGCAUUUCUUUUACUCAUCAACUCAUUAAUGGAGAAAACAACAUCAUUGUUUUUUUUUAUCAUGGACUCGUCAACUUUAGAACUUGUUUAACUUUUUUAAUUGAGGUUGUUUCGGAUUAUAUAUAAUUGCUUCUUGACUCUGAAAUCAGACUUAAAUUGAAUGAUCAAUCAAAGCCUGAAAUAGUAUAGUAAUUCUAGGUGAGGAUUAUAUAUAUAUAACUAUCUUUUCUGUGUAAACGACUUCAAAUUGAAUAAGAAUUCUGAAGUAUUUGUAAA